UGCCGCUCCAGACCGGGUGCCGCUGUGACUUCUGCGCCGCACACCUGACCGAGACUGGAAGCCAUGGCCAUGGGACCCGUCUGGAGGCUGUUGCUGCUGGUGACCUGUGCUUACGCCCAGUGCCGCCGCUUCCCUGCCAUCAGAGAGUUCGACAUCAACUCGUACUUGGGUCGCUGGUACCUCCAGUACAAGUUCAGCAACGAAGUAUCCGUGCCGCUGUCUCAGUGCUGGAGCUGGUCCUACUACAAGGACAUCAACAGCAAGCUUAAGGUUCAAACGACUUACGUCAACAGCCUGACAAACCGGGUGACCAACCACCAGAGCCGCGUUUGGAUGAAGAACCCGACCGAACCGUCCCUGCUGCGGUACAAUCUCAACUACUUCCUCUACAACAGAAAUGAGGACUAUCAGGUGAUAGCCACAGACUAUGCUAACUUCACGGUGGAGUACCAGUGCAGCGGCACAAACGUGCUCAACAAACGAGAGACGGUGUGGCUGCUGACGCGGGAGCAGCACCCGCACCCAUUCACCCUGGAGCGGGCCUUUUCGGCGCUGUUACAGCUGGGCAUGGACCGCGUGGACCUGGACCGCGAGUACCAGGACUGCCGGCCGCAGAACAUAUUGAACCGCUUCGACGGUCCCACGUUCCUGGAGUGGCUGGUCGGCAGACGCACGUCCCGUUCCGACGGUCCCACGUUCCUGGAGUGGCUGGUCGGCAGACGCACGUCCCGUUCCGACGGUCCCACGUUCCUGCAAUGGCUCACUGGCGGCGCGUCCGACAGAAUCGAUCGGCAAAUGCGGGGCAAAUCCCUUUCGGGCUUCCUGGCCUGGAUGGGUCUUUGAGGGGUGUGAAUGAGUGCACGGUUCCUGUUAUUGCGCUCGGGCCCCGGGAUAAACGGCGCGUUCCGGCCCCACCCAGCUCUGUUUGUUGGUGAAGUGGUUCACAUAGCGCAUCAACGAACGUGGCUCGGUGCUUCCCUUAUCGGUACCGCAGUGACCAGCAAAUACCGCCAGCGCCAGUGUCAGCACCCAGCGUCGGAGACGCAGCUUACCCUGCUGAUCUGUGCAGCAACCUACAUGCAAUAUGCGUGCUUCUCAAUCUGAGAGGGAGGUGGGUAUUCGAUCAGCUCCGUUUGCGGCUAGUUCCCCAGUUGGCCGCCUGGCGGCGCGCUGUCCGGCAGCACUACUGGCGGCCUCGGCGGUGCGCUGCGGGCUGCUGCUCUUCCGGAGAAGACGGGCCGCUCAGCAACUGCAGCAAGUGGAUUACCUCGCCCCGGAACUAUGGAGCGUGGGAGCGAUUGAUGGCUCGGAUGUACAAAGUAGCGACGACCAUCGCCGUCCAUCACUGCGUGGGCCUUUGUUUUACCUCUGUAUUGUUCUGUUCUGUUACGCGCAUACUACCGAUGGCUUCAGGCAGCCGAAUUACCUCGCGGUCGUAGCUAAGAUGUUGGUGAGGAAUGAGAUCGUUAUGACCUGUG